UGUUAACGAGAGUCUUUCAGCGCUGUGAUGAAUGUCGCUCAGAGAUAGAGCAGAACAAGAUUUAAACAAAAGCUUUUAAACGGGGAAGACGGAGCAUUACAGCAGUAUGUACUUUUAAUCCCGGACCCGAGACUGUGCGCCUAUCACCAGGAGAUUAGGGUACGGCCAGCAGCUGCCAGCUUGGUGGGAGGAGAAUUUCCUGGCCUGGAUGCGAACCGACUGCAGCUGGAGCAUGUCCACUGCAGGCUUGACUGCCCAGGAGAUCUGUUUACCCGCACAAAGCUUUUUCCUGCGGGGCAGCCACUGGCAUAGCAUGGCCGGAUCUAAGCCCUCUUGGAAAUACCAUGACCUACACAAGUUGUACUUCACUCUCGACUCCUCUGUGGAUUACAACCUUCAGUCUCAGAAACAAGCACUGGCAUCUUUCUCAGAACAAGCUCGACUUAAAUCAUCAAACAACCCAGGAGGUCAACCUUUGCUGCCCAAAAAGACCAGACCAACCCAGCUCCCAUUGUCUAAAGCGCCUAUCACAUCCAUCCCUGUCGAGGAUGACCAAGUGGUUCCCUCCUUUCAACGUCUUACGGUAUCUGACCGCAACAGCCCACCUCAGACGCCCAGCCGAGUCACCAAGCCCCUUCCCCCAAUUCCCGGCUCUGCCAAGCUUUCCCCAGAUCACACUAUGGACAGUGAGGUCGAGUUCUUCAACGGAGAUGACCAUCGCUGCCUAGUUUCCGAAUCUUGCUCCAAACCUUCGCCGUUCCGCUACGGAAUACCCAGCCGGCAGAGUUUAAGGGGCUGUGGACAGAUUAAUUAUGCCUACUAUGAAGGUCCAGUACCCCAGCAGACACAGCAGACUCAGCCGCAGGUGCAUCAGCCUCAGCCACAGGUACAACCGCAAAAGCCGAGAUCGGAGCGGGAAACCCAACCGAGGGAAAAUGAGCUCCAGCAACAGCAAAACUGCUUUCGACAGCAGGAACGUACGCAACGAAAGCUGCGGCGGUCACAUUCCGGCCCCGCUGGCUGCUUUAACAAAUCUGCAUCCCUCCGUUUGUCCGCUCACCAUCGGAACACUCACAUCCUAGACAAACCAGAAGUUCCUCCCAGGGUCCCAAUUCCCCCACGACCGUUUAAAAUGGGAGACUAUCGCCGCUGGUCAGCUGAAGUUUCGUCAGGGGCUAACAGCGACGAGGACAGACCUCCCAAAGUCCCCCCCAGAGAACCUCUAUCGGGAGGUAAUUCCCGUACCCCCAGCCCAAAGAGCCUCCCCAUGUAUCUCAAUGGGAUCAUGCCCCCUACCCAAAGUUUUGCCCCGGAUCCCAAAUACGUCAGUCGCGGGCUGCAGCGUCAGAAUAGCGAAGGUUCCCCGUGCAUUCUGCCCGUGAUGGAGAACGGUCGGCAAGCCAGCUCCACACAUUACUUCCUUUUGCCACAACGCCCUGCGUAUCUGGACAAACACGAGAAGUAUUUCACGGACAGCUCGACGGGCCGAGGCACCGAUCCCUCGGAUACAAAUUCAGACUGGGACUGUCACAGCAGAAAGAAAACGACACACCAGAUAGACUUGGUAUGAAGGCUUGAUGAGCGAGCCGUUACUUGGGACGUGUCGUCUGAUGACCCCGAGGACUUUUGCUGCUUUUUUGCAGUCAUUAGAGUUACAAAUUGCAGUUACUGGGAUUUCUUUUUUGCUCUCAAAACGGAAACCGUUCUGACAGUUCGAGCUACAUAGACCGAGCUUGGAAUCUAUUUUUAUGUUUGAUUUCGUUGUUAUGUGAAACGCAAGUGUUGAAAUAAUGUGGUGCAGUUGUUCGGUAUUAGCUGGUCUGAUACCGUUAUACUUCAGUGUUGUAAAUGCAGUUUUCGUUUUAUAUUGCAUUGAAUAUUAGUUCUGUGUCUGAGUAUGUUUGUCUGAUCACAGGGACUUCGGGUCAGUAAUGCAUCUAUGCGUUUCUGUUGUCUCCCAUAUAUGAAGUAUAAAAUGGCCUUUCGAGGCCAACAUUUUAAGUGAAGGGUUUUCCAUCUUGACGUGUCGCAUAUGCAUUGCAUGCAAGCAUGGAAUUUGACACGUGCACACUUUUUAGCUGUUCUUCUGAUGGACUCAUGCUUUCAGCUUUUGUCAGACCGAUUCGUGUAUGUGUGCUUUGUUGUUUGUUUUGUGUCCUGUCUGUACAUCUUGUCGAGCGCGUGUUACAUGGGCCGAGUAUUGCUUUUCUGUUCUGAAUGGUGUGCGAUUGAUACGAGAGAGCUGAAUGUGUUACAUUGGCCAAUUUUUGGCACUACUAAGCUUUUGUAAGCUGCUUAAGACGGCAGCUGAAAGUUUCCCCUCUGAAUGAGCGGUGUAUUUCCAAUCCGAGGUGUAGAGUUCUUUUGUUGCACAAAAAGGCAAUACUUUAAAAACCUGUGAAUGUGUUUCUGUCCUCCUUUUUACUGCUGUCUCCACGUGAAGCUGUGAGCCAUUGUCUGGAAUAGGAUUUUCUCAAGUACUACCUCCCUACUAGUUCUCUUUAAAUACCCGUCUGUGGAUUACAAAGACUCGCCAAAUACAAUCUACUUCGACACUGUAUUCAACCGUACGAGGAAGCAACUAUCCAGAUUCAUGUUUCUUGAAUAACGUUUUUCAAAACACUUCCUCGAAAGCAGAUCUUUGACCGAUUUGAAGCGCGGCGCAGCGUAGAGUUAAAGUCCAUGUGUCGGCCGAGCUCACGCACGCUGAUCUCCUUGUUACUGUACGUGCAUUCCUGUCAGACGUGAUUACAGUGGGUGUGGGCACCAGAGACUUUGGCUGCUGGCAGCUGCUGAAUGAGAUGGGUUUUAUUAUUCUGUAUUGUUUCCCGAACCAUCGUGAUAACUCUGUUAAUGUAGCAAGUGCUGUGAAAUUCUAACCGAGGAGAAAAAAAAGAUAUGCUGUUUGGCAGCCUUGAGGUCAAGUUUAACUCUCCACCUCACGAAGGGAUUUGAAUGCAACCCAUGCCGCGUUUUGUUCUUUUACUCGACUGGUUUGUGUAUCAGGAAAUGUUUACAUUGUACGUUUAAUUUAAUCCAUCACCAUGUCUUACCUGGAAGAAAAUGAAGGAAGAAAUAGACAUCUCUGCUGAUGUGCUAUACAUAUGACUAUAUAAAUCUAUAAAGCAAAGUGCACUGAGAAAACAGUAUGUUGUGAUGUGUAAAAGUAUUUAACAUUUGUCCUCCUACCCAAAACUGAUAAUGCUUAGUGUAUUGUAUCCUCUACAGUAAUAAAAAAUAAAUAUACUUAUUUAUGAAUCAA